AUGACUCCCUCCACUAUCGAAGAGACGCUGGAAUCGAAGCCUCGUCUCAACGUAGCAGAACAAUCUGAUCACCUUCCCCCCUCAGUCCCGGAUCUUCUUCUCCUACGGGGAAAAACAAUAGCGAUCACUGGAGGCGGCCGAGGCCUGGGAAUGGCUUUUGCAUUUGCGGUCGUCGAGUCAGGCGGCCACGUAGCCUGUCUCGAUAUUCUACUCUCUCCAUCGGAACCAGAAUGGUCUAACCUCCUCGAUAUGUGUAAGAAAUCCGGUGUAACAGUCACAUAUAAUAGAUGCGACAUCACCAACGAGACUGAACUUACCAAGAUCCUUGAAAACAUCGCGCAAGUCGCCGAUGAUAAGGACGCUCCAUUUUCCGGAAUCGUGGCAUGCGCGGGGAUUCAGCAGAAGGUUCCAGCCCUGGAAUAUGAUCCCCAGGAUUUCGAGCGGAUUUUACGUGUCAAUGUGACGGGGGCUUUUCUUACUGCGAAGCGAGCGGCGAGGAUUUUGGUUGAAAGGAAGAGAGGUGGUAGUAUUGUGUUGAUUGCGAGUAUGUCUGGUCAGAUUGCAAAUAGAGGACUUACAUGCACGGCGUAUAAUACUAGGAAGUCGGCAGUUCAUCAGAUGUGUCGGUCUCUCGCACAAGAAUGGGGUCAAUAUGGGAUUCGCAUCAACACUCUCUCGCCGGGUUAUAUUAGAACCGAGAUGACGAAGGAACUCAUCGCCGCAGAGCCAGAGGUAGAGAAGACCUGGAUGGCGGGUGCGCUCUUGGAAAGACUUGCGACUCCGGAUGAAUUCAAGGCACCGGCUGUUUUCCUCCUUUCAGAAGGGAGCUCUUUCAUGACGGGGGCGGAUUUGAGGGUUGAUGGAGGUCAUUGUGCCUCUGCAUAG